GCGCGGACAGACACUCGGGACACGGCUAGCGACACCAGAGACUCGGGUAUUUGUUCUUAAAUCCAAGUAAACGAAGCAAAACUUUGCGCGAUAACUAUUUUUUUCCGACAAGCAUCUAUGCACAGCGUUGAGAGGAAUUCGCAUUUUGAAGCCAACUGCAGCUGUUUUCGUCGUGCAAGCCUACGAGAAUAUUCAAAUAUAUCGGAGCGCGCCAGCCGGUUUGACGUUUGUCAACAGCGCUGUAAGAUUGUCGGAAACAGCGAGUUAACUUUCAAAUAAUAGGCUUGCCGCUUUGCGUGGAGUGAAACGGAACUGGGUUUUUGUUUUUUUUUGGAUUUGUUUUUGUUUUUGUUUUUUAGUGUUAUACACUUUACAUCUGCCUUGCCCUGGAAAUAAGCUAGCUAACUUGGCUAACAAAGCAUGGCGGAAUUUCUUGAAGACCCGUCGGUUCUCACGAAGGAGAAGCUGAAAAGUGAACUGCUGGCGAACGCCGUGGCCCUGCCUGGAGGGGAGCACAAGAAAGAGGUCUAUGUUCAACUUUACCUGAAGAACCUGACUGUGCUUAACAAGAGAAAAAUCCCUCCACCUGACACUUUUUCCAGCGAUGAAGAAAUCACGCCAGUAAUCUCUAACAGGAGUCGUUCGGGAAAGAAAGCUACAAAAAAGACAGAUAAGAUUCGAAAAGAAGAGUUGGAUAUUUCAAGUCUAACUGAUGAAGACUUAAAAGAUCAGCUGUUCAAGUGUGGAAUCAAUCCAGGUCCCAUCGUAGCCUCAACUCGUAAACUGUACGAGAAGAGACUUCAAAAGCUGUUGGAUCAGCCUCCAGUGGACACCACAACACCAGAAUCUGAGAUUGCGGUUCCAGAGACAGUAACCCUAAAGGCAGAUGGAAAUCAGAAUGGAAACACGCACUCAGUGGAAGAUCAGUACAGUGACAAGGACGAAGAUGAAGCAACAGUGCCAGUUCACAUAGUGACUAAGCCAGUGAGAAUCCAAGGAAAAACGCCAGUCACCACCAGAACAAGUAGCAGACACCGCAGCAAGCAGGUACAGGAGACUGUAACAGAUAGAGGUGAUAUUUUAAAGGAAAUGUUCCCAAAUGAGCCUGCUACACCCACAGGGAUUAUUGCUACUUGUCGGAGGCCCAUCCAUGGUGCAGCUGGCCGUCCAGUUAGGCCAAUGGACCUCUGGCCAGAAGAGUCCUUCCUACAAAAGAGUGUGUACAAGACCACCAGAUCGUCCCUCAUGGACAGUCACAAGGCUCCAUCAUCUGUCCCACGCCCAGCCCGCCGGUCCCUCUCCAUCUGGCUGAAACUGCUGGUUUUCCUCAUGCUGACAGGCCUCUUUUACUACAUCUUUCAAAAUGUGACCACUGAGCAAAUCGACUCCUACAGGCUUGUCCUAGAGGACCGCGUGGUCAUGCCUGUCCUCCGUGCGAUUGGUGUUAUUGGCCAGGAGGAGAUUGGUGGUAACGAAUGAGGGCCCCUUUGCUCAGAGCGUUUUCGUAGUGUGUGCAUGAGCUGUCUAUAUUAUCAGACUUUAGCCUCACCCCUAUAUGGUCUUCUGGAGAAUUUACAUAUUGGCAGGGUUUUUAGUUAUAAAUAUUGCUGUCCAACUUUGUACUCUUGUCAGAAAAUACUUGUUUUAAGUAGUCUUUAACCUUCUUGUGAAAUGUUUUCAUCUUGCUUUUUGUUUUUGUUUUUUUGUAGCAGACAGUGGAAUCAAUUGUAUUUGUAUAGCUUUGUAUCAUGGUGAAACUGUUGCCAGUAUGUCUAUAGCACUGCAAGAACUAACCCCUCUAUAAAAGCAUAGCUAUUUGUUUUGAUUAUCACCAAAUUGGUUUUCUAAAAAUGUUCAGUAUCUUCAGCACAGGGUUAGCAUAAGCUCAAUGUGAUUUCAGUGGAGGAUUGCCAUAUGUACAUAAAAAUGAUAACUGCUGAGAAUUUUAGUUUCAGUUAAUGUGGCAUUAUUGGGACAGUAAAGAUAAUGUCUUACAUGGAAAUUGCAUCUUAAAAAAAUAGUUUUCAUCAAGGUGUAUAUUAGCAUUUAAAUAUACCCAGAGUACUAGAUUUUACAAGGCCAGCUAAACAGUUUGUUUUUGGGGCCGUGCGUACUAGUUAUGGACCAGAGCUUGACCCAGCUCAGCACUUGUUGGCAAUGGGUGAAAUUUUGAAUUCAAUCUUUAACCAGUUUGUGGUAAGUGACUCAUUUUAGUAUUUUUUUUUAUCUAAUCGUCAUGUAUUGUGGACAUGGUUGUUAAAAUGCUCAAAUCCAUCGUGAAUUGGACAAUUUCCAAAAUGAAAAUAAGCUUGUCUGUUUUUUUUUUCUCUCCGGUCACUGGUUAUCUGGUGAAAAUACGAACAAAAUUUUAUUUUUCUGCUGUAAUAUAAAAAUUCAGAAGUCCACAUUCAAAUCUAUUUGUCCAACAUGAAAUGGUUUAUUCCCUUACAUUUGGAGGAUACCUUUUGUGGUGAACUUUUAUUCUAGGGAGCUUUUACUUUUGUAUUUUACUACUUUGGUUUUUAAUUGUCUUUGCUUUUAAACUGCAAUAUUUUUCUAAGGCUGUGUCUUCUGAAAUUAACUUUUUAAAUACAAGUACAUGGAAUCCUACAUCAACAUGCUACAACCAACAUUUAGGUGUCUACCUGCUGUUUAAAAGGCAGAAAAUAUGGUUCUUAAAAUAUUGUAUCAAUUUGCACUUUGUCACUGGGCAGCUAACAGUGGGUAGAUGUAAUUACAGAAUUUGAUCUUUUCAUUCUGAAUGAAUUUUGAAUGUUUAUUAUGGGUCAAAUACAAUAACUGCGUGAAAUAAAAAAAAAAGAAAGACAACUCACC